AUGUCAUUGAUCAUCGAAGACGCUGAGAACACCUUCAAGCACAUCCAUCGUAUCCUCAACACCAACAUCGACGGAAAGCGUACAAUUCCCUUCGCUCUUGACAAGAUCAAGGGAGUUGGUCGUCGCUUCGGCUUCCUCAUCUGCAAGAUCCUCCGCAUCAAUCCCAAACUCAGAGCCGGUGAGCUCACCGAAACCCAGUGCGAUGCCAUCGCCAACCUCAUCAACGACCCCGAAGGCCACGGCGUCCCCAGAUGGUUCCUCAACAGACAGAGGGACUACAAGGAGGGCAAGAACCUCCAGGUCGCCUCCAACGUCCUCGAAACCAAACUCAGAGAAGACGUCGAGAGACUCUUCAAGAUCAGGAGCAACAGAGGUCUCAGACACAAGUGGGGACUCAAGGUGAGAGGUCAGCACACCAAGACCACCGGAAGAAGAGGAAAGACCGUCGGUGUCGAGAGAAAGAAAAAGUGA